AUGAACCCCAAACGUGCGGAGGAAGCGUUCUGGGAUGGGGUGAGUCUGAGUUUGAUUCAGACACAGCUAAACGAAUUCGAGGCCUCGUCUAUCAACGCCCAGGAGUACUGCGGUCGCGAUGACCUUAAGGUCGUUGGAGACUACACUGUGUACAACAAACUCUGGGGUCAGGAUAACGACAAGACUGGCAAGCAGUGCACGGAGGUGACCGGCAGCACCAGCUCAUCGGUGUCAUGGCGGACCAGUUUCAACUGGACCGGAGAUUCGUGGCAGGUCAAGUCGUUUCCCAAUGCUGCGCUCAAGUUUAGCCCCAAGCAAGUGUCUGCCAUCACCUCGAUGCCUACGACGAUGAAGUACGAGUACACCUACGACGGCAACAUCACCGCUAAUGUUGCCUAUGAUCUGUUCACGAGCUCGUCUGCAACCGGAGAAAUUGAGCUCGAACUGAUGGGCAUGAACAAGAAGGUCAAGGUGUUCUCGUACGUCGCCAAAAAGACUGCUAAGAGCUUUACAGCCGAUCUGAAGCAGUUCUUCGACGAACUUCCAGCUAACAACACGCUCCCCCAGACGCAAUUCUUGCAGAAGCUCGAGGCUGGUACCGAGCCUUUCCAGGGCAAGAAUGCUAAAUUUGUGGUGUCGACCUACUCGGUGCAGGUCAAGUAA